AUGCUGCGCCUACUGGUGUUCACCACGCUGGUCCUUUAUGGACAUAGUGCCCAGGACUUUCCAGAAACCAACGCCCGGGUAGUUGGAGGGACUCAGGCCCGGAGGAAUUCUUGGCCCUCUCAGAUUUCCCUCCAGUACCAGUCUGGAGGUUCCUGGUUUCACAUCUGUGGAGGGACCCUCAUCAGACGGAACUGGGUGAUGACAGCUGCUCACUGUGUGGACAACCAAAUGAGCUUCCAUGUGGUGGCUGGAGACCACAGCCUGAGCCAGAACGAUGGCACCGAGCAGUACAUGAGAGUGCAGAGGAUCGUGGUGCAUCCCUACUGGAACAGCAAUAAUGUGGCUGCAGGCUAUGACAUCGCCCUGCUGCGCCUGGCCCGGAACGUUACCCUCAACAGCUAUGUCCAGCUGGGUGUUCUGCCAACGGAGGGAACCAUCCUGGCUAACAACAGCCCCUGCUACAUCACAGGUUGGGGCAGGACCAGGACCAACGGGCAGCUGGCCCAGACCCUGCAGCAGGCUUACCUGCCCACCGUGGACUACGCCACCUGCUCCAGCUCCUCUUACUGGGGCUCCACCGUGAAGAAUACCAUGGUGUGCGCUGGAGGAGACGGAGUUCGCUCUGGAUGCCAGGGUGAUUCUGGGGGCCCCCUUCAUUGCUUGGUGAAUGGCCAGUAUACUGUCCACGGUGUGACCAGCUUUGUAUCCAGCCUGGGCUGUAAUGUCUCCAGGAAGCCCACAGUCUUCACUCGGGUCUCUGCUUACAUCUCUUGGAUAAAAAACGUCACUGCCAACAAAUGA